CCUCCACCCUCUCUCCCACAACCAACCCCCCCCACUCCCUUUCUUUGUUUCUUUUUCAUUCGGCAUUCGACGCUGUGGGCAGUUCUGAAUUAACCCCCGUCAACUUAUUUCAAGCCUCUGACUGAGGGCGUCGCACACCAUGACGGACAAGCUCCCUCCGCCGCUCCUGGCGCUCUUCCAACCGCGCCCACCUCUUCGCUAUGUCACCCCCAUCGGCCGGGCCCCGGAAGACUGCAAGAAGAGCGGCAUCGGCGGCAUCGCGCAGUUCCUGCCGGACGUGAAGGCCUACGAAGAAGAAGUCCCCUACACACCCACCGAAAGCUGGAUCCAGCGCAAAUUGCGUCAGAAGAUGGAGAAAAAGGAGAACCUCGAGAAGCAGCUCAACGAUAGCCUGGUGACUUAUGACCCGACAAACGACCAACAGGCUCGAGGCGAUCCGUUCAGAACGCUCUUUGUCGCCCGCCUGAGCUACGAAGUUAAGGAGUCCGACCUGGAGCGCGAGUUUGGCCGCUUCGGCCCUAUCGAGAGGAUUCGUAUUGUGAAAGACACCGUCACGCCGAAGGGCUCCAAGAAGGCACACAGGGGAUAUGCGUUUAUCGUGUACGAGCGCGAGAAGGACAUGAAAGCUGCCUACAAAGAGACGGAUGGCAUUCGUAUCAAGGAUCGCCGUGUUCUGGUAGAUGUCGAGCGUGGUCGCACGGUGAAGGGAUGGAAGCCCCGUCGCUUCGCCGGUGGCCUUGGCGGUCGCGGUUACACCAAGGCCUUGCCCUCUCGGCCUAUCGGUCCCGGUUCUUUUAAUGCCCCCUCAGGUCCCGGUGGUUAUGGCGGUGGAUUCCGCGGCGGCUUUGGUGGCAGAGGCGGCUUCCGCGGAGGCAUGCGUGGAGAUCGUGGAUUUGGCGGCCCCCGUGGCGGAAUCGGAUACCAGGGUGGUCGGAACGGAUUUGGUGGUCAGGCGCCUCCCAACGCUCCCUCCGGUCCGGGUGGGGGACGCAGCGGAGGUUUCGGUGGCCCCGGUGGCGGCAGAUUCGAUCGUGAUGGCCGAGGCGCCUCGGGCACAGGUAGCAACCGUGAGCCCAUCAGGCCCCGCGAAGCAUUCGGUGACCGCGAUCGUCGUGACCGUGAUCGCGACCGCGACGGUGGUGACCGCUACAGAGACCGUGACAGGGGGGAUCGGGGUGACAGGGACAGGGAUCGCUACCGCGACCGGGACCGCGAGCGCGAGCGCCCAAGCGACCGCGAUCGCGACAGGUAUGGAGGCCGCGGCGGCGACGACUACGGCCGCAAGCGACACCAUGACGAUGACGCAUAUGAUGAUCCCCGUGCCAAGAGAAGAUACUGA